GGCUUAAGAAAUUGACAAAAAAGUUAAUUAACUGAGCAAAGUCGACCAAGUAAUUGGAACUGCGUGCUUAUAAUAAAUCUGCUCAACACUCUGAGGUAUAUACCUUAUUAUGGAAGAAAAAUGUGUCGAUGAAUUUCAAAGUAUUACUGCUAAUCUAAAUAAGCCCACUUCAAUCCCAACAUCAAUUUUAACGAUACCAAAUAAGACCUCAGAGUAUUCAAAUAGUAAACGAAAGGAAAAUAAUAUACAUUUAUUUAAUCUUCGUCGUCGUCGUCAGUUCAUUAUACAAACUGAAGAAGGUAUCGAUAAUAUACAUAAACCGUCGACAAGUCGUAACUCCAUGUCGUCGCUUUUGCAAGAAGAAUUUAGUACAAAUUCGCCGCAUAAUUUUGCUGAAGUUUUAGAUGAUGAUACAACGACUUCCGGUGUUUUGGAAGCAUUUGAAAUAAGCUCAUCGAAUUCGUUGCCCACCUGUACAACGACAAAUGCAUCUGCCGAUUCGGUUGCGGUUCACGAUGAUAGUUCAUCUACGGACACUACUAUACAUAUGAUGAAAGUCACCUCAGACGGUUCGACAUCAAAUGCGGCGCAAUGUAUUAAGGGAUUUUUUAAUUCCACCAAAGUGUAUGUAAUAAAUGAUGACGAUGACGAUGAUGAUGACGAUGAUGGCAAUGGUGACGAAGACGAUGACAUCGUCAGUAGUCAUGGCGAUGCGUUACAAAAAGAUGAUCAAGAUGUAGAUGAGCACGCUUUAGGGAAUAGUGGAAGUCAUUCCAACGAUAACAAUAACAACAAUAAUGAAUUAUCACUUAGAGAUACACAAGAGAAUUCAGAAUCGAUGAAUGGCGUUAUAGUGAGUUCGAAUGGCGGUGUAAUUUAUUUAGAAACGCCAGUUGUAGAGGAACAACAUCAUUUGCAAAUCGCCAUCACUAAUUCUGCCGCUUCGAACGAAUUCAACGACCAAAGUGUCAAACCGAAACGUCUGAGUGAUGAGUUUUCUAAAACUGGUGAUACCGAAGAAGGUCCCUCAUCUUCCGGAUUAGCCACCGCGAAUAUCUUGUUUUGUACUAAUGGCAAGAAUAUAGAAUCUAAUGAGACGGUAUUCAAUUUUACAGAAUCUCAAACCUGUUCUGUGUCCCAAGCUCACGAACGUUUAAAGAAUAUGAAUUUAAAUAAUUGUGUUACAUCUCAGGAGUUACCUUCCAGCAGUUCAAAAAUAUUAUCUAUGUCCUCCAUAUUGGAUAUUAAGUCAAUGGACUUGAUUGAGCGUCGAGAUUUUGAAAGUGAACAACGUUUAACAGGCGGCGUGAUACUGAAAUCGAGCUCUUUAAUUAACAACGAUAUGUUGAACUUGGGUUUCGUUAAAUCCUGUCUCGAUCAACAGAGUAAAUAUCUAGCAACCGAAGCAGAGGAAUGGCCGAGCAGUAGCAAUAACAGCAGUGUCAGACCAUACUCUUCGGAUAGUAAGUGUACAUAUAAAGAUUUGUCCGCCACCCCAACAAGUAGUCGAAAGUGUAACAGUCGUCUAACCAAAUCAACUGCCAAAAUAAAUUUGAGCACCACUCUAAGUCAUAAUAAUGUGCAGCAGCAGCAGCAGCAGCAGCGUUCGAAUGUGUUAAUUACAAAGGCAAGCACUUUGAAUACCAUUGCUGGAUCCACUGCUGCAGCUGACCCAUCUUCAUCUAAUCUCAGUUCGAACCCCACAUCCGUUAUCGUCGAGGCUCCCGUUUCAACGGCUCCCACAAUGGCUCCGGAUAUGUACUCAAAUUCGAAUUCAAAUGAUAGUUUUUUAGGCAGCUCAUCUACAGCAUCGUCUACCGCCUCUACAUCUUCAGUGGUUGUGGCAUCGUCUACAAAACAACAAUCUACAUGUCACCAGGAAAUGCCACAAGAACAGCAAGCGGCUUCAUCGUCUUCUACAGUGGUAGUACGUGUACUGGAAAGUGGCUGUAGCCGCACCAGUGCUAUACAGCCCAUUAUUGCCGCAAACGCUUCAACUCAUGGCAAAAUGGAUGUUUCAUCAAUUGAAAUUCAAGAUGAUGAUGUGCAACCAUCAACAUCGUCAGCUCGUUGUCAAUACGCUCCGCCACCCAAAACUCAACGACAAGUACAUGCUAGCGCCCAAACUAAUGAGCGUUACUUAUCUCGAGUAGGCGCGAUUGGCAGCAGUACUGCGUCAGUUGGUGUUAGUACAACGCCUAUUGGAGUAAAUCUUACCAUGACAGCACGUAAUCGGAAUCGCCGCGUAGAUAUAUUUGGUAAUCAGCAGCAACCACAUCAAAGAAAUAGUUCACAAGAUGUUUUAGAAGGAUUUCGUGUGGUCAGCGAUCAUUCACAAUUAGAGCACCAUCUCGACUUCAGUGAAGAACCUCCCUGGGUGGACUGUGAAGAGAAUUCAGAUGUCGAGGAAAUUUGCACAUGCCAACAGAGUAGCAGUGGAAGCAGUCAUGGCGGUAGUUUAAGCAGUCUCAACGAUAUGGAUGAGACUGAUAGUCCAAACAUUUGCGGCAAAGAUGGUGGUGAUCUCUCUAAUUACAUUAUGCACAAUCUUUCCAUAUCGGAAGAAUCAACUGUUUCAUCUGAAUAUCUGGGUGCGCGUAAACGCAAAUAUAACGACAGUCGUCUGAUGGAUCACGAUUAUAAUUCGUCCGUUGCAUUAGGUGGAAAUAGCAAUGGGGGAGUUGAUAGCAAUAGUCGCAAACGUAUUGCCUAUGAUUUCACUGCUACGCCACGUUCCUCGCAGAGUAGUAGUAGUAGCAUCUUAAUUCAGGUUCAAUCGACCCCACAACUGCAUUUUUCCAAUGCGACAAUUGGAUCUCCUUUAGGUCGACGAACCCCACGUUCUUUGAUACCCAGUCGAGAUAACCCGCAGCCAGAAUUACAACAAUGGAUAGCACAGUUCAAGAGUUGGUCGCAUGCGGAACGCUUGAUAGCCGUCGAUCGUCUUAUCGAACAUUGCGAACCUACUCAGGUGCGUCAUAUGAUGAAAGUGAUUGAGCCACAAUUUCAACGCGAUUUUAUAUCAUUACUGCCUCGCGAAUUGGCAUUACAAGUAUUGUCUUAUUUGGAUCCUAAGGACCUGUUGAAAGCUGCUCAAACUUGCCGCAGUUGGCGUUUCCUUUGCGACGACAAUCUGCUAUGGAAGGAAAAAUGUCGCCAAGUACAAAUUCUCACCGAACCUCGUUCAGAUCGUCCUAAACGUGGUCGAGCGGGUAACAUGCCACCGAUAGCUUCACCUUGGAAGGCGGCCUACAUGCGCCAACACAUUAUUGAAAUGAAUUGGCGUUCGCGACCUAUUCGUGAACCGAAAAUAUUAAAGGGUCACGACGAACACGUUAUAACCUGUCUACAGUUCUCGGGAAAUCGUAUCGUAUCCGGUUCUGAUGACAACACACUUAAAGUUUGGUCAGCCGUUACAGGAAGAUGUCUGCGUACACUAGUGGGUCAUACGGGGGGUGUUUGGUCAUCGCAAAUGUCUGGUAAUAUUAUUAUCUCAGGGAGUACGGAUCGUACUUUAAAAGUAUGGGACAUGGAAACAGGUCAGUGUGUACAUACUUUACUGGGCCAUACUUCCACAGUGCGUUGCAUGCACCUGCAUGGUAAUAAAGUUGUUAGCGGUUCUCGUGAUGCUACUUUACGCGUAUGGGAUAUUGAGCAAGGCAGUUGUUUACGUGUUUUAGUUGGCCACUUGGCGGCUGUGCGUUGUGUGCAAUACGAUGGUAAAUUAAUUGUUUCAGGAGCUUAUGAUUACAUGGUGAAAAUUUGGCAUCCAGACAAACCCGAAUGCUUACACACCUUACAAGGUCACACCAAUCGCGUUUACUCUCUCCAGUUUGACGGUACUCAUGUUGUUAGUGGCUCCUUAGAUACAUCCAUACGUGUUUGGGAUGUGGAGACGGGUAAUUGUAAACAUACAUUAAUGGGUCAUCAGAGUUUAACAUCCGGUAUGGAGUUACGUGAAAAUAUUUUAGUAUCCGGUAAUGCCGAUUCUACAGUCAAAGUGUGGGACAUUACGACUGGUCAAUGCUUACAGACUUUAUCCGGGCCGAAUAAACAUCAAUCAGCGGUAACGUGUCUACAAUUCAAUUCACGUUUUGUGGUGACAAGCUCGGAUGAUGGCACAGUAAAAUUGUGGGACGUUAAGACUGGUGAAUUCAUAAGAAAUUUAGUAUCCCUAGAAUCUGGAGGUUCCGGCGGAGUAGUGUGGCGAAUAAGAGCAAAUGACACAAAAUUAAUUUGUGCGGUGGGCUCGCGCAAUGGCACCGAAGAGACAAAAUUAAUGGUACUUGAUUUUGAUGUUGAAGGAGCUUGUGUUAAAUGUUCAUAGGACAACAAUAAAGCGAAAUUUUGGCUUAAUAAGUCGUCUCUGAAAAAUUGCAAUAACACGCAAUUGCUCUUCUCAGCAUUUCUGAAAGAAAGACAACUUUUGGUAAAAUGUAUGCUAAAAUAUGCCUAAGACUUGUUAAAAAAAAAAAAAAACAAAAAAAAAAAAAAACAAAAAGUAAAGGGCAACAACAAUCCAACUUAGCACAAGAACUGAUAUUAUAUGUAUGUAUGUUAGUAAAGUAUGUUUUUAUUAAUACCAAUAUUUAGUAGCUUUAUCUUAUCUUUUUAAUUAGAUUUCUUUUUAGUAGUUUUUGUAUGCUUUUCUGUAAUGAUAGAUGACGCCUCCCUCACUCAUCUUUCCUGCGUAUUAAGCGUUCUGUUAAAACUUUUUGCCUAUGUUUUGUUUCUUUGAGAAAUUUGUUUUUUUUUUUUUUUUUUUUUUUUUUUUUUUUUUUUAAAUUACACUUAUUAAGAAGGCGUCGCCAUUUAUAAAUAUGAAAUAUAAAUGUACGUAUAAUAAUGGCAAAUUACUUUGAUAGUCGGCCAAGUCUUGUCGUUUGUGUCUACUGAUUUAUUCAGCUAUUGUAUUAUGUAUACUAUAAUUGCACAAUUAUGGAGAUUUUUUUUUUUGUUGUUGUUGUUGAAAAUUGUAAAUUUCCUUUUAAGAUUGUCCCCAUUUUUUAGGGAUGUUUGUGGGUGGAUUGAAUUCGCGGCAUAUUUCUAAUGUGUUACAUACCGAAUAUUAUUGUGAAUUAGUUGAAAUAAUAACAGUUAAGACGGCGUUAGUACGGCGAACGUUUUCAAUAAAAUUAUGAACAUCAAGUCUACCGUUACCGAUGCUGUUAUUUAUGAGAUAAUAGGCGACCAUUGAAUUUAUUAAUUUGCAAAUAUUAUUCAUGUUUUCGUAUGUAUUGGUUAGUAUUUGUUGCGAUCGGGCGGUAAUGAAAGUAAGACAUUAGAAGAAUAUUUACUUUUUUGCGAGACUUCCUCACGUGCUUAGGGGCAAUUGUGAGGGUAGUCUCUACCAGCCGGUAGUUGCGGCCGAACACUAAUUUUAAUUCUUUGGAUUACUUAAUUAACAUUCACUAUGUACAAUUGUUUUUCUAUGUGAUUUUUAUGUUGCGUUGCUAUCUGUCCCCACCCUUUUAGUAAUGAAUUUUAAUAUAGUAUUAGUAACACCCGCGUUAAUUAGAAAUUGGAAGCCUUAAAUUAAAAAAAAAAAAAAAUUAGAGUAAAAAAUGAUGUAACUUUAUUAUUCAAAAUUACAUUCUCUUAUAUUCGAUACUAUUAAUUAAUGCGGCCGUAAUAAUAUGUUUAAACCUAUGCAAUCUGAACGACCUCCUUCUGUUAGUGCAUACUGUAUAUGUUUUAUUAGUGUGACUAGCGAAAGAAAUGUGUAGUCAGUGAUAUCCGUUUGUUUGUUUAUAUUGCGAUUACGCCUCAAGUAUACGCUUUUUGCUGUGACCAAAAUACGCGCGUGCGCGCGUGCCUUUAAACGGCUGCCAAACAGUUUCAUCCCAAUAAUGAAAAACUUUAAAUUUACUUACCCUAUGUUAUCAAAUUUCGUUUGAAUGAUAAGUUAAUUGUUCCACAUUUUGUUCUCCGUUUAUAUAUUAAGCGACAUUGUUUGUUUGUUUGUUUAUAAUACUGCCACGUAAGACUACAAUUAUAGUAAAAGAAUGAACAAGCAGUAGGUGCUGCUUACGGCACAUUUAUAUCAUUUUGUGAAAAAUGUAAUUAAAAAAAAAAAAAAAAAAAAAAAGAACAAAAAGCUAUUUCAAGCCAGGUUGUGAAUAUCGAAAGGCUCGAUCUUGUUUUGACUGUAAAUUUUUUCUUUUUUUACUUUUUUUUUUUUUUUUUCUCUUUUCAAAUUUUAUAAUAAAAAAUAUGGUUAAUUUAGGAAAAAAAAAAAAGAAAUCAGAAGACACAAUGAGCAAAGCUUCGAUUCUCAUCGCCGAUUGAAAAACAAGACUUUGCCGUAUAUAGUUUAUUAAUACUGUAAUAAAAUAAUAAAAAAAAGAAAACUAAAAGUAAGAAAAAUAAAAAUUUGCCCAAAAUAUUGCCACUUGAAAACAAAACCACAUAAUUUACAUAUACAUAAACUCAUACAAUUAUAGACAUUAAAGAGCAACGGUCAACAUAAUGAAGAUUGAUCGUAUAGUAAAAUGUUAGAAGAAGAAGAA